AUGGAUUCACUUGUUGAAAGUUCUGUGCCUCCAACGAGAUUGCCCGCUGAAGGCAAAGAGUGCCUAAAGCGUCGUGAAAAUUUCCAAUCUGAAUUUGUGCUAGACUGUAAGGACAAUAAAUGCGGGACAUGCAUUGGCUAUGAAAUCAACUGCAAACACCGCCCGGAAAUGUGCGAGAAGAUCAGACGUCAUAUGAAAGAAACUGGGCGACUACUCACUGAAGAAGAGGGGCACAUGUUCUUCGAGGAACUCUUACCUAAAUUCGAAAUACCAGUCACCAGGCUUCCAAACUCCGAAAAGUUGAACCAGAAUCAAUUCGAGGCCCCAGUCAGUCAUGCAUAUCAUCGAGGACCGAGUGGAACGAGAUCUCUUGUCGAAGCCCACAUGAAAAAUGAAGAUUGGAACGCUGUUUACGAAGCCAUCAAGAAUGAUCCAGUAAGAGGUAGGGGAGGAGAGAAGUUUCCGGGACGGAGACGGGAGGGGGCCACACAAUUUGCCCAAGUUUUUGGGCAUGAAAACCAGCCUUUGAGCAAAACCGACAAGGACAGGAGUAUUGAGACACAAGGGCAGCCUUCGAUCUUGACUCCGGUCCAUGCGGCACGUAAUCUACCGGACACACCUGACACAGCGAAAUAUUACAACCGGAAAGAUACCAAGCAGCAAACUCAACGAGUCAAAACCUCCAAGCAGGUGCAAAUGCACCUGCCAGGCAUGCUUGGGGCCGUGGAGAAUACGUGUGCGUCGUUUCGAGAGAGUACUUUCAUUGGAUUUGGGAAUCUUGGCUCACUUGUCUGGUCCACUGGAGUCCUUUGUGGAACUGGCGGCAUGUUCACCAUCAUCAUCCAGGCACCUCCAGAUGGCAGCGGUCCUCCAACAAUUAAGCCUUCAUUUGCGGUGGUCCUGUAA